AUGUCGGAAGAGGAGACGUUGCAAAUUCAGAAAGAUGGUGUUGAUCCUGGAAUGAACCCUGGUCAAUUUGUGGGAGAUCUGACUGCCAGCAUACAAAGCUUUUUCAAAUCUUCACAGUUUACGGAUCUCGUCAUCGCAACCGAAGAACAAGAGUUCAAAGUACACAGAGUAGUAGUCUGUGGGCAGUCUGAAUACUUUGCGCGACUGUACAAUGGAAAGUGGACGGAAACAACUGAUGCUACCAUCAAGUUGAUGGAUGAUGAUCCACGUGCAAUCGAAGCAAUGAUUCACUUCAUGUAUGGCUUUGACUACGAUAGCAGCGGCAGCGAGCUUGGCCGCGUUUCUCCUAUGAUUUUCAACAUCAAGCUAUAUCAGAUGGCGGACAAAUAUUUUAUUCCUCAGCUUAAGAAGAAGGCAAAAUAUAAGUUCGAACAGAUCGCAAAAACGUGUUGGGAAAUGGAUGAUUUCCCCAUUGCCAUUGCUGAGGCAUACCAACGUACCCACAAACACGAUCGAGAUCUUCGAGAGCUGCUGGUGAAAAUUUCACAGGAACAUGUUGUUGAGCUGGCGGAGAAUGAGAAGUUUUGCUCUGCACUUGAGGAAACAACGGGCUUUGCUGCUGAUCUGGCACUAUCACUGUCUGAAGCUGUUAACCACAAAGCUUCCUGUGCUUAUUGUCGCAAGACGUGGACCUUGAGCGAGUCUGGGGCUCGCUAUUGUCCAUACUGUAGUAACUCUAGCAUAGCACCAUGCUAG